CACGGAGAGGUUGCCUCCUCCCUCCACAUUGUUGUGAUCAAUGGGCGUGAGAGUCGGGUGGAUAGACCAGAAAGAUGGGCGCUUUCUAUUUAAGAGAAUUUUAAAAACAUCAGUGCGAUUUUAGAAGUGUGCAGUGUGGUGAGUGUGCAUAGCCGACAUAUCUAUUGCGGUACAAACUGAAGGAGAUCUAGUGAGUAAUUUUCCCUGCAGCCGCUACUGGAAGUCUCUGUUGUCGAGGUGAAGGGCAGUCUGUCUCUUUGGGCAAAUACUACUGGACCGAGUGGAUAGUGAAUUAGGAUAUUCAACUCGCGUUCUACAAUAUUACUCGUCCACCCGAAGCAACGGACCCCCUGUGCCAAGAGAUUUGAAGAAAUGAGAAACAAUGGAACCAUGCCCCAUAUUUGUGAUGAAAACAAGUGUGAAGGCAGUCCCUCUAAAUCGCUAGCAACAUAUAUUAAAUCAACACUACUGGAUCAUGAAGAUGAUGAAAAAUCUAGAUUAUCUGUGGUGCAGAAUUGCAUUUCCACACCAGGACGGACUGCAAUAUCUUCAGGAAGAAAUUGCACUCUAAAAGAAAAUGGUGCAACUGAUAAAGAUGAAGACAAACUGGAUGAAAGCCAAGGGCCCAACAUGGUAAUCCAUGUUUGUGAUGAAUCCAAAAACCUGAAGCGUGAUUUUGUUUGUCCUCGGAAUCUACUAGUCAGUGAGAUGAAGUACUUUGCUGAGUAUCUAUCUGUUGAUGCACAACGCUGGCAGGAAGUAGACAUAUCGGUGCACUGUGAUGUCCAUAUCUUUGCCUGGUUGAUGAGCUAUGUGAAGAGGAAACUAAAACAUCAAGGACAAACUGAACAACCAGAAUUAGAGCCCAGUAAUGUUAUUUCAAUCCUCAUUUCAUCUGAAUUUUUGAAAAUGGAUUCCUUGGUUGAAGAAUGCAUGCAAUACUGUCAUAAAAAUAUGAGUGCCAUUGUAGCUACUCCUUGCAAUAUGAACUGUAUCAAUGGGACCCUGGCCUCGCGUAUUGUUGAUCUUUUCUCCCAUAAUGAAGCUGAUGAAGUAAAAGACAGAAAAGAUAAAUUUAAAAGAGAUAAAAGCUGGGAUGUGCAUGACUAUCUUAACAGUCUUUAUGAAGAGCUGAAGUCUUGGCAAGACGUAUACUGGCGUUUGUGGGGAACUAUAAAUUGGUUGCCUUGCACAAGAUGCAAAAAAGUUUUCCAAUGCACUGAACUCUCCCACUGCCAGUAUCACCCAGAACAAGUGAUGUAUCCUUCGAUAAACAAUCAGUUGACCACUCCAGGAAUUGGGUACUAUCCUUGCUGUAAGCAGAAGGUCCUACGGUUUGAUCCUCUUCAAACAAAUACUGGUUGUAAAGUGCAGGAUCAUGUUGUCAAGUUACCCAGUCAGCUUCAAAAUGGUAAACUUACUUCAGGAUCAGUCAGCCAAGUGUACUAUGAUGUCCUUCAGCACAAAGACGUUGUCUGUGUGCCAUUCAGUAAAACAGAGGAGAGCAACGCAGACACGCAUCUUUCUGGCGAGCAAGACCUUGAUUUUGAUAUCUUAGCAGAGCCUAAUUCAUCAAAAGGACAGAAAGUCGGUGAUGUCACAACUUUUUCACUUUUGAAAAACUGGAACUUGCAGCUGAAACAACAAAUAAUGUAUUCUGAAGAUGAAGAAUAUACCACAGGUUCAGAGGUAACUGAGGAUGAAGUGGGAGAUGAAGAAGAACUGACAAAGAAAAGAGGUACAAAAAAGAUUAAGAAAAUUGCCAACCAGACAAAGAAGUCAGCAGCAUCUCCUACUGCACAGAAAAAAGAGAAAGGAUCUCUCCGAGAUCUAUCUCCUUUCACUGUAUGUUUUCAGAAAAGCAAGUGGGACAGUAGUCGCUCAAUGCGAUUUAACCAGGACGCUCAAAGAGAGGAAGAUCAAAGAAGAAUGGUUGAAAUAAUUGGACAUCUGACAAAAUUAAGGUUUGGAGAAAAAAUUGAUCGCACCAAGGGAAAAGAAGCAAAAGAGUUUGCUGGUGGCAUUUACUGCAAGUUGGAGUCCCAGCUUAAAGCCUGUCCACCAACAUCAUCUCGUCAGAAUAAUUCAUCACAAAAUGCGAGGUCCAAAGCCCGCUUUUCACAGAUGCGUCCAACAUAGUGGAUUCCAA